AUGAUAUAUCUCCUUUCUUUUUUCUUCUUUUUUGCUUGUGGUAUAACUUGUGGUAUUAUUUUCACUUCUUAUUUCAAUGACUUUAGUGUCAACUUACAAGUUAUAAAUGGCCAAAUUUUAAACUAUUCUUCUUUUAAUCCACCACCAUCACUACCACCAUCAUCGCGAUCGAUAAUUCCUCGAUUAGGGUUGAAUGAGUGUAUUAAGCCAAUUAAUGUUGAACAUGAUAUGAGUGAUGAAGAGUUAUUAUGGAGAAGUUCAAUGGUGCCAAAAGUUAAAGAGUUACCAUUUAAAAUACAACCAAAAGUGGCUUUCAUGUUUUUAACAAAAGGGCCAGUUUUGUUAUCACCACUUUGGGAGCUAUUUUUUAAAGGACAUAAAGGAUUUUAUUCAAUUUAUGUACAUUCUCAUCCUUCUUAUAAUAAAUCAAAUAUUGAUGAAAGUUUUAUAUUUCAUGGAAGGAGAAUUCCAAGUAAAGAAGUUGAUUGGGGAAAAGUAAAUAUGGUUGAGGCUGAAAAAAGAUUACUAGCAAAUGCUCUUCUCGAUAUCUCCAACGAAAAUUUCGUCGAGACGUAUGACCAGCCCAGCCCAUUGGGCCGGGGUAGGUACCGCCCACAAAUGAGCCCGAUGAUCAAACUUUCACAAUGGAGGAAAGGGUCUCAAUGGUUUCAAAUUGAUAGGGAUCUUGCCGUAGAGAUCGUUUCAGACAAGACGUAUUUCUCGAUUUUUCAAAACUACUGCAAGGGCUCGUGCUACGCUGAUGAACACUACCUGCCAACGUUCGUGAACAUGAAAUUCAAGAAUUGGAAUUCGGGCCGGACCUUGACUUGGGUUGACUGGUCGAAGGGUGGGGCCCACCCGGCCCGAUUUAAUAGACAAGAUAUAACUAAAGAGUUCUUGAAGAAGUUGAGGAGUGAGAGUAGUUGUGAGUAUAAUGGUAAGAAGACAAGUAUUUGUCAUUUGUUUGCAAGGAAAUUUACAUCACAUGCUUUGAGUAGACUCUUGAUGUUUGCACCAAAGGUUAUGCAAUUAAACCAUUAA